GAGAACGACUGAGACCCUCUAGAAGCGACCCUUGAGGGUGGGAGGGUGUCACGUCAAGCUAUCACGCGGGGACCGCGGUCCUACCUCCCUCCUGGCCUGCCCUGCGCUUAGUCGCCAGUCCGCUCUCACUUCUCUGGUUGUCGUAUCGAUCCGCCGGACAAAGGAAACUGACCACCAGUUCGCAAGAAACUAUUCUACAGUGUACUUAACCUAACCUGUGCUCGGCAGCGAUUGAAAAAUCGCAAACGCGGUAGUGUUCAAGGGUGCAAGCGCGCGCGUUUCCAACUUCUGUUCGGCCGUUACGUCGUGCAUUCGUCAAAAGUUCGUGUGAGUUUGUUUCUAAAAAGUUUUCGCUUUAUGACUUUUUCGCACUGCGCACUCCUUCCCUUAUCCGAUUGGCAGCCGGAAUAGUGACACGUGCUCUCAUAACAGGUGGAAUAAACAUUUGCGCGAGAUGUCCACUAAAACUAAACGUCCCCUGCGUUCGCUGUCUGCCCACGAAAAGCUGGAUGCCAUCGGCAGAGUGCACAACGGCGAGAGCAAAGCCUCGGUUGCGAGAGACAUCGGGGUGCCGGAGUCCACGUUGAGGGGUUGGUGCAAGAAUGAGAGCAAAAUCUCAUACCUCUCAAGGCAGUCGAGCCCCGAGACAGACGAGUCUCUGGAGCAGUCCAAUGCCAAGAAGAUAAAAAUCGAGGAGCCAGAGAUGCAGCCGUUCGAUCUCAGUCUCAAAAUCAACGGCACCAGCUAUUCGCACGACUCGCCUCUGGAUUACACCAAGAGCGAUUCUCCCAAUCGCUCUCUGAACGUGACUGAUAAGAUCGACACACCUAAGACCGCCAUUCCCGAAAGAGACAGGAACAGAGUCGAGCUGGCGAGACUCAGCGCGGAACUAGGUCUCAACAGACCCGAAUCCCUGCCGGCAACGACCUCUUCGGCCAAUGUAGCAGACCUCGUCAUGGUGGCACAGUGGAAUGCGGCGUUAAUGCGGAAACAGCAGAGUCAACUCUCCGUUGCUACCAGUACGACUCCUCAGGAUGCCGUCGGAGUUGCUUCGACUUCUGGGGGUCUGCUGGCUAUCGCGGAAGAGGAGAAGAACAGACAACUGCCCAGGGAACAACAAUCUGUAAACGAAACCGUCUUGAACUGGAUUAAGUCCCAGCAAGCUUUGAUGCACCCCCCGCAAACUCAUUUGGUUCCUAAUGGAUUUUCAACCCCUUUGCCAAACACGAGCAGCCCUGGUGCGAAGGGACCCUCUUUCAGUCACAGCUCGUUGAUCUUGCAGUGGUACGAACAAAUGUUCAACCAUCAACUACAACUCUCCGGACAAGACGAUAGAACAAUUCUGUAUCAGCAGCUGACUAGGAACACUCCUGUCCCUGUUCGACACGUUUCACCAACAUAUCCAGUUGAUCAAAACGGAGAGAACUCUUCCGCCAACAACGUCAGUUCUGGUUUCGGCCACAGAGCCGGCAAUAACAAGACCAGGACCGUCUUGGACAAUCUUUUGAACAACAACAACAUCACCGUCAAAGAAGAACCGCACGAGGAAGACACCAUCACCCGUGAAGAGGCCAUGGACUACGGGGAGAAGUUUGUGAGAUGGUUGGAGACUUGCAGUCAUCCCUCCGUGACCGCGAUGCAUAUCAUGCAGAUCAGAGGGUUGCUGAGCAACCUCAAAGGCGCGGGAAGCAGGCAGAACUGCGAGCUGCAGAAUAAAACUAAGGUUAGGAGAAAGUGAGAUGUAGACUAAAGUUUUUUUGUUGAAAACGAGGCUGUAUAGCUGGAAACCAAAUGUUUAAUUUAAGAUGUUAUUGUCUCAUUAUGUAGUUUAUGCAUAAAGUUUUCCUGGCGUUCGGUUGAUUUUAAGCAGAAUUUUGUGGGAGGAACGCCUAUAGUUCCUUGAUUGUUACCUGUAUGGGUAGAGCCUUCGAAGAAACGAUAAAAAGUUCCCUGAUGCCAGUUCAGUUUUUUUUAUAGGACAGGUAUUAUUUGAGCACAGCUUUCCAAGUUUUCUGCAAUU